AUGUCCAUCGGUAGUAUUGGCGCAUUAACGUGUGCGAUCUGCGACUUCGCAGAGCUUUUCGGAUGUGUGACCGGUCUGGAGGACUCCAUUACUGCGAUCACUGUGGUCGCACUUGGCACGUCGGUCCCGGAUUUGUUUGCGUCGAAGAUCGCAGCAGUGUCCAACAAGUAUGCCGAUGCAUCCAUCGUGAACGUGACUGGCAGUAACUCCGUGAACGUGUUUCUCGGGAUCGGUCUCCCGUGGUCGAUCGCCGCAAUCUACUGGACGGUGAUGGGAACAACAGAUACCUGGCUUGCACGCUAUUCGGACUUGCAAGGCCAGUGGCCGAAGGGGGCCUUCGUCGUGCAGGGUGGAGACCUCGCCUUCAGCGUGGCGGUCUUCACUGUCGCCGCCGCCUUGGCUCUGCUGGUGAUCUACUUGCGCCGCAGCCGGCUGGGAGCAGAGCUCGGCGGCCCUGGAGGAUUGAAGGUGAUGUCCGGGGUCUUCCUCGGAAGCCUUUGGCUUUUCUACGUCAUCCUCUCCGUGUGGAAGAUCACGUCCGGGGACAUUGGCGUGGGACAGCAGAUCUUUGGGAUUUUCAUCGGCUUCUGCAGUCUCGAGAAUCUGGUCAUUCUUCUGGGCGUCUCUCUCCUGGUGAAGUAUGGUACUGGUUUCUUCACAGGGAGGACUGAUCAGCCGGCGGAUGACGAAGAGGCCGCAAGACUCUGCACUACUGUUGGGAAGUUGGACCACUUGAGAUGUACUGGUACCGGACCGAGCAUGGAUUUCGCUCCAGCACCGCCAGUGGGCACCUUCCAUUCCGUCAAGGAGGACGCGCUUCGGCGGGGCCUUGCCCAGCAGCCCGAAUGCUAUGGGCGAGCCAACAAACCGACCGACAUCUCCUUCACGAGUGCUGCUUUCGUCUGCUUGGCGGCAAAGCGGCUACGACGUGCUGGGCGCAGGGUUGCGGAAAGCUUACGAGGCGUGCGGCCUCCGAUGCCACCACCGUCAUUUCCUCCACCCGACCAUGAGCCUGCUAUCCAGAGAGUGCCUUCGUUCUACUCCAUCGACACAGCACAAGGUGCGCGCGAGCGCGAGUCAGAGCAAGAGCCAAAGCCAACCUCCCUAACGGGACGCAUGGCCGGGCUUAUCAGUGGCCAUGCUGCCGACUGGGCCGCAUUGACAGUCGCAGGUCUGGCAGCUGGGACCCUUGCAGAUCCAAACGGACCGCGUUUCCUCAGUCCAUGA